UGCCAACCACGCUAUAGCUGAAUGACGGCUACAGCGCCAAUCACAGCGGCCUUUUUCCACGUGAUCAGCUGUGAAAGUACUGCUGAUAACUGGCAAUUCUCAGAGGACGGAUCAGCACCGAUCAUCAGGGCACUGAUGAUCAGUGCCGAGAAGUGCCACCCGCCAGUGCCACCCAUCUGUGCCCAGCAGUGCCACCCACAAGUGCCCCUCAGUGCCACCCACAUGUGCCCAGCAGUGCCACCCACCUGUGUCCAUCAGUGCCUAGUAGUGCCACCCACCUGUGGCCCAGCAGUGCCACCCACCAGUUACCAGCAGUGCCCCCCAUCAGUGCUGGACAGCAGUGCCACCCAUCAGUGCCCAGCAGUG